UUCGGCUUCAAGGACUUUUACUAAUAAAAAGAGACAAACCAAACAGUAAUUCAGCUGUUUUUAGAAAUAAGUUAACGUCAGUUUAUCACAAAUAAGAGGGGUUUUGACAGCGUUACGCUCUUUGAACAGAAGAGUCAGAGUUUCUCUUUGUUUGACGCAGAGUAGGUCAUUUUAGUGACUUAUAUCAUGAAGAAUCUUAAAUGGACAAGAAAAGACUUUCCCUGAAGGACCGGGGGAGUUUUAAUACUGAAGUAUUUCUCCCAAAUGACAGACUCCUACAGGUAACUCCAGAAACCUUCCAGCUCUCUGACCGCCUGCUCUCGGCGUGUCCCUCCCCGGUAGACAGGGAUGCUCCGGUUCUGGUUCAAAGCGGCGGUCGUCCUCUGGCUCGUCCCCGGGUGUCUGGGAGCCGCAGCCCGGCUUUACGCGGAGGAGGACCCGGUGGUGAUCCUGAGCAGCAGCAGCCUCAAGCCCACCGUCAGUAACUCGUCGUCGGCCUGGCUGGUCCAGUUCUUCUCUUCGUGGUGCGGACACUGCAUCCAGUACUCCAGCACAUGGAAGACCCUGGCCCAGGACGUCAAAGAAUGGCAGCAGGCCAUCAGCGUCGCCGUGCUGGACUGCGCUCAGGAGGAAAACUUUGACGUCUGUAAAGAGUACAGCAUCAAGUUCUACCCGACAUUCAAAUAUUUCCGGGCUCACGGUGCACCGACAGACAGGGGGACGACCUACAGAGGUGCAGACAGAGCGAUCCAGUCGGUGAGACAGUUGAUGGUGAACAUCCUGCAGAACCACACCAGACUGGACUGGCCUGAUCGCUGUCCUCCUUUAGAACCGUACAGCUCUGUGGAGCUGCUGCCUCUGUUAGGUCAAAGGUCAGAUCACUACACCGCCAUCAUCAUAGAAGAACCAGACUCCUACGUUGGACGAGAGGUGACCCUGGACCUCCUGCAGUACUCAGGUGUGGUGGUAAAGAGAGCUCUGAGCUCUGAUCUCCCCCUGCUGGACGCUCUGAAGAUCACAACCUUCCCCUCCAUCUACCUGCUGCACCCCAAUGGGACACACACAUACCUGCACAUUCAGAAGCAGCUGCGUUUCUUCUUCUCCUCCUUGCUGAGGACGUUACCAGGAGUUCAGCGCAGGUUGAAGUCAGACAGCAGCAGUUCCACUGGCAGUCAGAUGGGGGCGCUGCCCAACAAAGAGAGCACAGAUCCCUGGAGAGACUUCGACAGGUCGAAGGUGUACACAGCUGAUCUGGAGUCAGCCCUCCACUACCUGCUGAGAGUCGAGCUGGCUACCCACAAUACCCUGGAGGGGGAGGAGCUGAAGAUCUUCAAGGACUUUGUCGCUUUGGUCGCAAAGUUGUAUCCAGGUGGAGGUUCAGUGGUGAAGCUAAUGGAGACUCUCUCUGAUUGGCUGCUCAGUCUGCCACUGCAGCGAAUCCCCUACCAGGCUGUCCUGGACCUGGUGGAUAACAAGAUGAGGAUCUCAGGUGUGUUCUUGGGGGCGGAGCUUCGAUGGGUUGGUUGUCAAGGUAGCAGGGUGGGGCUUCGAGGUUACCCAUGUUCCCUCUGGACUCUGUUUCAUGUUCUGACUGUCCAACACGAUGCCACGCCCACCGCACUGGAAAACACAGGUCUGGAGGGCGAGGCGGCUCCGGUGCUGCGGGUGAUGCGUCAGUACAUCAGGACGUUCUUUGGCUGUGAGCAGUGUGGUCGACACUUUGAACAGGCGGCAGCUGUCGGCAUGGACAACGUUCAGGACAGAGAACAGCAGAUACUGUGGCUGUGGAACCAACACAACAUGGUCAACUACAGACUGGCUGGCUCGCUGAGUGAUGACCCCCUCUUCCCCAAAGCUCCGUGGCCGAGCCCCUCGCUCUGUGCCUCCUGCCACGAGGAGAGGAAUGGUGUCCACGUCUGGAACCAAGACAGCGUCCUCCGCUUCCUCCGACAUCACUACGGAGCCUCCAACCUGUCCCCCGAAUACUCCCUGACUCCCCCGCGACUCCCCGCACCUCCUCCGAACCCCGAUCCUGAUCCUGCGCGGACCAGACGGCCUCAGGAGGAGCACCGAGGAGGAGAGAGGAAGGAGGAAGAGAGGAGAGCGGAGGAGCAGCCUGAGCCUCGACCUGGACACCAGGCUCAGGGGGGGGAGGAAAGGGGGGAGGUGCUGGGGCACACGGGGGGAGGAGGAGGAGGAGGAGCAGGGGGAGGUGUGUGGAUCCUGGGUCUGGGUUUUAACAGUGUGGACAUGAGUCUGUGUGUGGUCCUUUACGUCUGCUCCUGCCUCUUCCUCAUGCUCCUCUUCUUCUUCUUCAAAGUCCGAUCCAGGAGGUGGAAACUCCGACACUCCCGCCUACAUGUCUGACCGAGGCCAGACCAGACCGGUUUACACAGAACCAGACUGCUUUAACCCAGGAUCCGUUCAGGGCUGUGUAUGGAAAUCAAAGUGCCAACAUGGAGGCUCUGAAGGUUAAGUCGCUCACACCCCGUUUGCCCAUAUUGUAGAAGAAAACCCCCUUUUCUCUCUCAGUCCUGGUCUAGUGUUAGUUCAGGAGGUCGUCGCUGUGAAACCUGUCCCCAGCGUUUCAGGUUUCCUCCGGAUUAAUCGCAGCAGCCGGUGUUUUCCCUGCGGAGGUGAAGUUUUACACGUGAAUUCACGUUGCUGACCGAAGCCAAACCGUCCUGACAGAGCUCCGCCGGCCGGCCCCGAUGGUUCCCGCCACGCCACUGAGAUUAAAAAGCCCAGGAGCCGUCCCUUCCAACGGGCCGGAGCACUGAGGGGUUAAAUCUGGUUCGUUUUUCCAACCAAACCAGUCACGAACACUCGACCUUCUUCUCCUCACUGGUGAUGAGAGCCAGACUUCAGGUGUGGACCCUGGUAGCUGCUGGUGGCCGGAGAAGGCGGCACAGACCAGGUCUCCCUCCGUGUUGUUCACUUGUGUUGAGAAAAUGGCAAAGCGAGUUGUGCACGUGUGGUUGAACCCUCCGGCAAUGGUUACUUCUGCGCCUCAUGACAACCUACUGACCCCACAAGCACCUGCCACCCUGUGAAGGGGGGUCGGCUCGGCCCGUUCCGUAGAGCACAUUUUGGUGACCCAACCUUUAGUCCUGGUCCCGAUUCUUUGGUGGAAUAUUCCCAGAUUGAAUCUGAAGUGUUUUUAUUCAGGUUCAGUUUCUCUGCUUCUGUUUUAAAUCCUGUCAGAGGUUCAGUAUCAGGUUGUGAGACCAAACCCUCAUUUAGAGCCGUAUCCAGCUCUGAACCAGACCAGAAUGGACUGGACUGCUUUUUUGGUUUUUAGUGGACUUGUUGUAUUUAAAGACUGUUUCAAACCUGGCCUGGACUCUCAGGUCUGGCUUUAUUUAUUUUUACUUUUGAAGCAUAGACUGGACCCUGACACCCGGUGUGUUUUCAGAUCUGUGUGUAAGGCCUGGACUGGACUGGACCCCCAGGACUGGGUUUUGUGAGGGGCAGAACAGUGGCAGACUGGGACUGAACUGGAUCAGACUGGUUCUGCUGGGUGGACUCUCUCAGAAUUCACUUUGUGCCAAAUGUUUAACCUGCUGACAGACGACACACCUGUCCUCUGGGGCUCCGCCUCCUUCCACACAAACACUCUGCGUGUGUGUGUGUGUGUGUGUGUGUGUGUGUGUGUGUGUGUGUGUGUGUGUGUGUGUGUGUGUGUUUAACCCUGUAUUUCUCUUUACUGUGAAAAAUAAACCCGUCCUGAUGAUGAAUCUCUGCAGACGGACACAGGAAAGGAUUGAUUGGCUGAUUGGAAGCAUUAUUGAUUGGCUGAUCAGUAAUACUUCACUUUUUUGUUUUGGUGGAUCAGGUGACACCUUGUGGUGACUGCUGUAUUUCAAACAAACUGGAAGCUUCUGGAGUAAAUAUAAAGCCGUAGAUUAUUUUCAUUAAAAUAAUCAUUUGGUUUGUUAAAUACGAGAAACCCACCAGAAACAUUAGGUGUUAAAUUAGUAUUUUCUUAACCGUGUUUUUGCUAAAACGAGAGAGACAGAAACAAAGACGACAUGUUUUUUAGAUGGAACAUGGCAGCAGCGAGUUGACAUAUUUAAAGUUCAGUUUUAGAGUUUAAAGAAAUGUGAUAACAGUAUAUUUUUUUACAUAAGUAUUUUCGGUUAGGAUCCUCAAAGACAUUUUACAGGGCAAAAAUAAACCAAUGACAGCACAUACAACAGUAAAUAUAUCAAAUAAAACGUCAAAGUUCACUAGAAAUGAUAUGAUUAAUAACAGCUACAAACAAAAUCACAAACACAGCAAAAUUGUGCUAAAGUUCAGAUAAAAAAUACGCCUGAAAUAUAUAAAAAGGCCCCAAAAGAAACUUGUUUGGUGGACGAGCCAUCGUGAUUAACAGUCCGUGAAUUUUUGACAGUUACAAAACCAGUCGGUCAUUUGUAUUUGAUUAUUUUAAUGGUCAUUGACUGGUGCUGAUUUCAGCUUUUCUGUUCUGACAUUUCUUAUUAUAUGUUUGCCCAUAAACUAGAAAUGGAGACGAGAACAUUGAGAAAAAGAAGAGGAAACGCAGGGAACAUACAGGUCAAACAGUAAAGAGUGAAAAUGAAUGAAACUAGAAUUCAGAAUACGUAAAACUACAGACGUAGAAAGCCCGUCAUACCCAUCAGGUACACGUCAACAUCAGUUUGAGAGGAAGGGCUGGAUUUUGACUUUCACUAGAUUUAGCUGAUUCAAAACCAUUUCAGGCCUUGAAUUUAGAUCAUAUGUCAGACCUUUCCAGACCUUUCCAGGACUUUCAGGCCGUUGAAGUGUGGGUCACCGACCUCCCACCGGAUGAACCCGGUGAAGUCGCUCGGUGUUUCCAUGGAUCCGCUGAUGAGGUCAAGUCACGGUGACAUUUCUUCCUUCUGUCUGAACUCAACAAGCCCAGUUCAUUCAAAACUUGGGAUCCAACAGUGUGAAAACUCUUAUUUGUCUGAAUUAAUAUUUAACAUCCCUCGGCUGAAGCUGAUCAAGGAAGCGGGAUUGGUUGACAUAUUCUUAUGGUGGUGAUUUACCUAUGUACUAAUAUAGUUUGACAGUUUGAUCCAUAAGAAGAUUUUUCUCACUAACAUGUUUUGGAUGGAGGAUAAUUUUAGUCAGUGUGAAUAGGAAAUGUAUUUGUGUACGAAUAAAAUACAAGUUUGUAUUUUUUUAAAAUCAGAAUAUUAAAGGGAAUAAAAAUUAAAAGUAAUGUAAAAUUAAAAAAUCUGAAAUUGAAAACGUCUCAAAUUGAAAUGGAAAAUGGAAAAAUUUGUAAUGAAAGUCGAGAUGGAAAAUUUCAGUUUAAUUUAAGGUUUAAUGUUUUUGAUUCCAGGUUUUUUUAAUUUCACUUUCCGCUGAAACUGUCGUUGCCGCAGCAACCGUUUAUCACGUAAACAUUUGAUUUCUAACAGAUUGUCCUGGUCUGGCGACUUAGAUGUAGAAAUCCCUGGAGGUGACGGGAGGAGAGUUUGCCAGGACACACACGGCCGGACGAGCAACGCCGGAGUCCAACUGAUCCUGAUUAAUUGGAUCAUACGUUCGGUGUGCAGCUGCGUCGCUGCGACGAUAAUAAUCCUGGUUUAUGUAUCCAAUGUGGCCUAGGAGAAGCCACAUUGCUCCACUGCCCCUGGAGCUGCACAAAACUAACAAUGAAGAAACCUGGUGAAGGUCACGGGAAGUGAUGAGAUUGGGUUGCCUGUCUGCCCUCUGGUGGUCGUUCUCGGACCAUUUCCACCGGAGUUCAGACCCUCAGCUGCAGAGAAGACGAUGCUCACUUCAGGCCGAACACACGUCCUGCAAAUGCCUGGAGGAAAAGUCCCUCUGACUGCUUCGCCAUGGAAAAACCGAGGGCAAAAUGCUGAGUUUUCCUAAAAUAUGGGGACAAUGUAUUCAUCGUCUUGAAGGUCACUUAACAACAAGUUUGCUGAGUACUUGAACAUGAGAAUGUAAUGUCUAAAGAUGAUGUAAUAUCAUUCAGCAUAACAGUUACAUAAGAAUUGCGGAUUUGUGUGUGUGUGUGUGUGUGUGUGUGUGUGUAGACCUUGAGAAGUGUAAUUGCUUUAU